AUGGCUAUGAAAACAUUGCUUCUCUCCGCGCUCGCGGCCAGCCUUGCGUUGGCAUCUCCUGCUCGACGAGCUGGCGCGGCUGUCAAUACUACUACCUGCAAUGGCCAAACCUACGUCUAUCAGGCUCUUGCAGGCUAUGGAUUCACGCCGUCAGAUUCACGCGACAAAUUUGGCGACACUGCGGGAGGUAUUGGCAGUAGCGCUGCCAUCGACCAACACUCAUGGAGAGUCGACAGCAACGGAGUUUAUACUGGCAUACUCUGGGCUCUACCCGACCGUGGUUGGAACACCGAAGGUACACUGAAUUAUCAACCCCGAGUCCACAAGUUCCAGAUCACCUUCACGCCCAACUACGACUCCACGGCCUCGAACCCCAGCUCGCCAAAUGUCCACUUGCAAUACCUCGACACAAUCCGCUUUAGGGACCCCGCUGGGACACCACUGACUGGUCUUGAUGCCGAUCUCAGGCCUCCUUACCUCACCUUCCCCGGCUUCCCCGACCUUCCAUCUGCCACCUACACGGGUGAUGGCUUUGGCGGUAAUGGUACGGGGGGCCACCGCGUGUGUGGAGAUACUGAAGGCCUAGUCCUCAGUCCGGGUGGCUUCUGGGUCUCCGAUGAAUAUGGCCCUUACAUCUACCAUUUCGACCAUAGUGGUAAAAUGACAGGAGCCAUCCGACCACCCUCUGCAAUCAUUCCCGAGAGAAACGGAACUGAGUCUUUUAACGCUAAUAGCCCACCUCGUUAUAACCCUGAUUUGGAGACAAUUCCAGCAACCCCUGUCACAGGACGGUCGAACAAUCAAGGUCUCGAAGGCCUGACCUCUUCGCCCGACAAGAAAACCCUCUACGCACUGAUGCAGUCGGCAUUGGCUCAAGAGGGUGGUGGCAAUUCCUCAACACGGCGUCUUACCCGUCUGCUCGAGUAUGACGUGAGUGAUCCCUCCACGCCAAUCUACAAGGCAGAGUAUAUGGUUCCACUCCCGGUCUUCAACAACAACACUCUGGUUGCUGCCCAAUCCGAGAUCCAUUACAUCAGCCCAACACAAUUCCUUGUCCUUGCCCGUGACUCCGGCCGUGGCCAUGGUCAAUCCAACUCACUAUCCCGAUACCGCCACAUUGAUGUUAUUGACAUCUCCAAAGCCACCAACCUCGCGGGAAACACGUAUGACUGCACAACAUGCUCUGCGGCCUCGGUAAACGGGGUGCUCGCUUCGGCCAUAAUACCCGCCACGUACUGCUCAUGGCUCGACUACAAUGUCAAUUCUCAGCUCAACCGAUUCGGCCUGCACAACGGUGGGGCUCAAGAUGCUGGUCUUCUGAACGAAAAGUGGGAGUCGAUUGCUGUCGUUCCUGUUAACCCUCCGAGCCCGACCUGCAAGGAUGGGUAUACCAAGUCCGACGGCGAGUAUUUCAUAUUCAGCUUGAGCGACAAUGACUUUAUCACCCAGAAUGGAUUCAUGAACGGCGGCUUACUGCCGUAUGCUGAUGAGGGCGGGUACAAUCUUGACAAUCAAGUAUUGGUCUUCAAGGUUACGUUGCCUACAAAUUGA